GAGCUUACGUGCAAGUGCAACGAAUCGAGAGUGCAACUUUAUUCGCUCACUGCGUAGUGCGUUGUGUGGUUUAAUCAUGGACGAGCUACUAAAAAACAAUGAAUUAGAACAUUUGAUUGAAAAUUUCAAAGAAGAGAAGAUAACACCGGAUGUCCUUCUACAACUCGCCGAUUCUCACAUAGAAAAGUUGUGCCCAGCAAUUGGAGAUCAACUACGACUCCGCCGUUUAAUUCACGCACUGAGUUCCGCGAAAAAGGUAUCCGUAUCGGAUUUAAAUUCUUUGGAUUAUCAAGAACAAGGCAAUGAACCUGAAAUUAUCGUUGAAAACAUAACACCUCUCAGAACGCCGCAAAAUCCAGUAAUAAUCCAAGAAAUAUUUGCAGAAGAACCGCCACAAAAAAUACCUAAACUAAAUGACGAUAUUUUGUUAGUUCUUAAUACGGAAUCAGGGCCGUCUACAUCUUCACUUACUACAACCGAAACUUGGACGUCAGGACCAUCUUCUUCUUCUCUUCUGACAACCGCUGAAUCUUGGACGUCUGAUCACGUAUUGGAAAGCGCUGAUGUUAAUAACAGUUUAAAUGACACAUUACAAGUCAUUAACUUAAAUUUGAAAGAGUUAUUACUUUCCAAUGCAUUAGGCAGAGUGCUCUUACUUAAAGGACAAAAAAAUAAAAAAUUAACUUUUGCGGACAGAAAUUGUUUAUCGGAAAUCAUUAUAUCAUAUUUUUUGAACAAAAAUAUUAAACUAGAUAACUCGUCAAUAUCUUGUCUAGCGGAAAAAAUCGUGGAGGUUUUUUCAGAUGAAAAAAGGGAGACCUACUAUGUAAGUCCAAUAACAAAAAGAAGAUCAUUGACUAACAAACCCAUCACCGCCAAAGGUAAACUAAUUGAUAAAUAUAGAAAUCGUACCUAUGCUUUAAAGAAAGCUUUAGGUAUUACAAAACCUACAGAGCAGCCACAUGAUAUAGAGAUUCCAUCAAGAGAAGCUGUUGACAGUCAGAUCUGGUUAAAACACAAUGUUGAACCCAGAGAUGAAGUUCUAGUGCAUUGGACCAAUUCGUUCAACAUUAGAGCCAAUCGCACGGCGUUAUCAAGCAUUGAAAAUUUCUUUACGGACUGGCCCAUUUUAGAAACACAAUGGGCACCGGACUUGGUGGAUUAUGAUUUUCGUCAAAUGUUUCAAGUUGAUAUUGAUAUUCAAGAAGCAUUCUUGACGUUUUUUGAUAGGUUGCUGGAAGCUAAAAGAAAGCAGCUAUCGGCAAUUGAUGCAACUUUACUUGAAUUAUUGAACACAGAAAUAACGCAAGAUUCCAAAAAUGCAAUAAAGAUCCAUCUAAUUUCAUCGCUAAUUCCACCUCGCAGCAGCACUAGAAUUAAACGUCAAGUGUGGAAACCGUCUUCAAAAGAAGCUCGUGAUGGUCUUCUUUUGCAUGUUUUAACACCAGCAGACCUUUCAGACGCAAAGCAGAAAAGAACAGAUUACUAUUAUAAUAAAGGUCUUACCAUUCAACCGUAUAUGGUCUUAGUUGGACCAACUUUAGGCAAUGUAAGUAGUUUCUAUGUGGUCGUGGAUAAUCAUACCUACAAACUAAGCUCUGUGCUAUCUGCACUUGACUUUUGUUUUAAAGUGCACCACGUAUUGGAUGCACAGUAUUCUUUUGAGUGCAGACAUUUGUGGUAUGUUAUUCAGUGGUAUGUGUAUAAUUUAAAAACAAAGAAUGAUUUAAAAAUACCUUAUGUUCAAAAUAUUUUUUAAGUAUUUUCUAUAGUAAUUACAAUU